CUGCGAGUAGAACGCUCGCGCUCGGCCGCGCUGCUGUGAUUGGAGGACUGCGGCACCGCGGAGCUGUGAUUGGAGGACUGAAUCAGGGUCAUCGCGUUACGCUCACGAGAGGAAUGUUCCCUCACACAUAGGCAUAACUAGAAAGAAAAGAACGAGAGAAACCGGAGAAAACGUCCUCGAAAGUAGGAGAAAAUCAGCUACAACCUCACCACUGAAAGUCUGUAGAAUUCACGCUUUGAAGUAGAUCUUCGCCACGAGUCAUAAGUCCUAAUUUGGAAGGAUUUUGAGUUGUUUGAGCGGCUUCGUCAAAUUGGUACUACAAAGGGUUUUCACAGAAGUUUGUGGCUUUGCUCUGUGAUCAGCUCCAGACAGAAGACUCUUAAUGCUGAUACCCAGAAGUCCCCUUCAUCAUCAUGUGCUGCCACACUUGCUACCCUGUGAGGGUCUUUAACAAGAGGAGGCUGUAAAGAGGCCUUGAAGUUGUCUUCACGCUCACAUACUCUUCCUCAGUCUACUCACCUUCAUAGCUUAUUGGCCGCUUUGUUUAUCUCAAAAGAGUACGGCAAAACCAAGUCAGCUAAAUAGUUUCGGAUCUCAGCCAACAUGAUGAAAAGCACUUCCAUGGUCAUCGUCAUUGGCGUUUUGGGAGCUAACUUCCUUCUCUCAUCGUCGGCUGAAGGUGGGCAAAACCCAGACUACAUGCUUCACGGCACUGGGGUCAAGCCCGGAUCAGAUCCAAAGAGACACCAGUCAGGGGACGGGUCCACCGUGGCCCCAGAGGACGCUGCCCGCUUCCUUAGCUGCUACUGUUCAGGCCACUGCCCUGAAGAUGCCACAAACAACACCUGCGACACAAACGGACAGUGUUUUGCUAUCAUAGAGGAGGAUGAGCACGGCGAGGCUAUCCUCACCUCCGGCUGCAUGAAGUAUGAGGGCUCCCACUUCCAGUGCAAGGACUCUCCUAAUGUUCAGACCAGACGGACCAUUGAGUGCUGUUCCACUGAUUUCUGUAAUAGAGACCUUCAGCCCACACUUCCACCUCCUAUUCCAGGAAAGCCUCCAUUAUGGAACACACACUUGCUGGCCUUUCUGAUCUCCGUGACGGUGUGUUGCUUCACUUUGGUGACCAUAACUGUGGUGUGUUACUACAGGUAUAAGCUGCAGACGGGACGGAGACGGUACCAGAGAGAUCUGGAGCAGGACGAGGCCUUCAUCCCUGCAGGAGAGUCUCUCAAAGAUCUCAUUAGUCAGUCCAGCACUGGCUCCGGUUCAGGGCUCCCCCUGCUGGUCCAGCGCACCAUUGCCAAACAAAUUCAGAUGGUACGUCAAAUCGGGAAGGGGCGGUAUGGAGAAGUGUGGCUUGGUCGCUGGAGAGGAGAAAAGGUUGCGGUGAAAGUGUUCUUUACCCGUGAAGAGGCUAGUUGGUUCAGAGAGACCGAGAUUUACCAAACGGUGCUCAUGAGGCACGAAAAUAUACUCGGCUUUAUAGCUGCAGAUAUUAAGGGCACGGGAGCGUUCACUCAGCUUUUCCUCAUCACAGACUACCACGAGAAUGGUUCUCUCUAUGACUAUCUGAAAUACACCACCCUGGACUCACAGUCUCUGUUGAGGCUGGCCUAUUCUGCAGCCUGCGGCCUAUGCCACCUCCACACAGAGAUCUACGGUACACAGGGCAAACCUGCCAUCGCUCACAGAGACCUGAAGAGCAAAAACAUCCUCAUAAAGAAGAAUGGCACCUGUUGCAUCGCUGAUCUGGGCCUGGCUGUGAAAUACAACAGUGAUACCAAUGAGGUGGACGUCCCUCUGAGCACAAGGAUGGGCACACGGCGGUACAUGGCACCAGAGGUCCUGGAUGAGACCCUAAAUAAGCACCAAUUCCAAGCGUACAUAAUGGCUGAUAUUUACAGCUGUGGGCUCAUUGUUUGGGAGAUGGCCCGCCGAUGCGUGACAGGAGGUAUUGUUGAGGAGUAUCAGUUGCCAUACUGGGACAUGGUACCUUCAGAACCGUCCUACGAGGACAUGAGGGAAGUGGUGUGUGUUAAAGGCAUGCGACCAGUGGUGUCUAAUCGCUGGAACAGUGACGAGUGCUUACGGGCCAUGCUAAAGCUCAUGUCUGAGUGCUGGGCACACAACCCAGCCUCUCGCCUCACAGCUCUUCGAGUCAAAAAAACACUUGCCAAAAUGGUUGAAUCACAGGAUAUCAAAAUAUGAUCAGUUUUCCCUCCAAUGGCAGUCUAAGAGGAAUCAUGGAGAUAUUUAUGCUCAUUUUUAUGAAUUAUUGCCUCAGUUCCUAAACAGACCUGUGGGAGUGCUUCUGAGCUGAACAUUUGCCUCCUUGUCUGGCUGUGUUUCCUCGCCCUGUUGCAGUAACGCUCUUAGUGUCAUGUAGCGCCCUCUGCUGGAUAGUAUGUGCCAUAAUGCAUCCACGAGGAACUAAGGACAUCUGCUCUGCAGUCAUCGGUACUCGCAUCAUCCCCAUAUCCACCAUUUUUCCUUCUUCAGUAAUGUAUUGGGAGAGAUUCGAAGAGCAUAUGGAGCUUUCUGUGAAAGCUGUGUAAUACGAUACGUUUGUAUGGAGGAGUGGCAUGGUUACAGCAGUGAUGGAGCCAUUUGGGAGAAGGCAUGACGACUGACUCCUCUGUUAUUGACUGAGUUGAGAGGCGGACAUAUUUAGGGUGAUAUUCAGGCUAAACGCCCAUCAAUAUGCUUGGGAUAUGCUCCAGUGUGGCUAGUGUCACAAAAUGACAACUUUGCAUUUGGAUCAUGUGCAGCUGUUGCCACUGAUGCAUCAAUAGUGAACACACCCUGUUUAAUUAAAAUGACCUAUAUGUAUAAAACAAAAAAUGUCAUGUUACUACGUCUUGAUAUUUUAAUUAAUAGCCUUUUUGAUUUAUUUUUCUUCAACUGCUUUCCUCUCUGAGAAUCUGUCCAAAAAAAAUGUUAGCAAUGAAGUAUUCUAGUUAAAACCUUCCCAUUUUCUGAAGACUGGGAAGGUAUUCACUGUUAGGAAUAGAAAAUUCAGGUAUAAUGACAGGAGUAAUGUGACCAUUACUCCAGCUCUGGCCUGAGAAACUGAAGUACCACCGGUCAAAUAUUGCCAACACCGCAACCAUAUAAGAUCUAUUCAUCUAGAAGAUAUGGUGACUUUCAAUCUCUCAGAAUGGCAGAUCUGGUCUGGCUUAUAGCAGGUGUGUCUGUGCAGAUGUAUGCCCACUGCUCCUGAAUGCCUCAUAAACGUUGUUGUAUUCUAUCCAACAGAUUUCAACUCAACCUCACUAUAUCACAUCUGAUUCAUACGUUUUAGGUUGCUGUUUUCAAUGCCUCAUUUAAACAGUUUUGCCUUCAAUCUAAUGUUGUGAUGCUUGGGAAUCAUAUGACUCAUAAAUGUCUAAUGUGAUAGAAUAAUGCAAAUGCAUGUGCUAUUUAUUCAUGUCAUGUCAUAUAGUAUAAAUUACUCUGUUAAAUAUUUUUACUUGAAGGACUAUUAACACUGUUCUUGCAACUGA